AACAAUUUAAAGGGUCACUAAUCAUGUGAAGCUCAUUCCCACACAUUCCGAGUACUACAUUGUCCAUAAAGCUUUGCUCUUUAGUUUUCCUUGGUAGAAGCCUUUAUAAAAUACACAUUUGAGAGGGAAACUUCAAGUCUUGUAAUUAAAAAAAUAGUUAAGAUAAUGUCAUGUUUUAUAACGUAGCAUAUAUGGCGUUAUUAUUGUACCUAUUCUUCUUAUAAUGUUAAUCCCUUCAAAACAGGCAACGAAAAGUGGUCUAAAAUGCAAGGACCAUUACCAGGAGUCCCGAUAAUCUUUUGUUUUCACGUACUUAUAUUUGACUUGUAGGUGAAUUACGCGGUUGGUUCCUUGAAACAAAACACAAAUACUGAAAUGUCUUCCGAAGAGUUUGAAAAGUUGCAUGAGUUUUAUAAAUCCCUUUUCGAAGAGCUAAAAGUGAUGCCAGACCGAGUGUCCCGAUGUUAUGGAGAGGAAAGGAAGCGGCAUGUGAGAGUUUUUGAUGAAAAAGUAGGAGAGGCAGAGGAAAUGCUCCAGGAGAUGGAGAAAGAACUGAUUGGAGCUCCUCCUUCCUUUCAAAACCCAAUGACCACUAAGAUCCGCAUUUACAGGCGGGAUCUGGGGAAGCUGCAGCGUGAGAUGAAGAGCUCAGACCUGGGUUUGGGGUUUGGGGUUCGAGGAGAGGGCAGAUAUGGAGUUUUUGCUGCUGAGAAUGAGCAAAGUACGCAACUGCAGUCUCAAAGAGCCCUGCUCUUGCAGGGAACAGAGUCUCUGAACCGGGCCACGCAGAGCCUGGAGCGAUCUCAUGGCAUAGCAGCUGAGACGGACCAGGUUGGGACAGACAUCAUCGAAGAGCUGGGAGAGCAGAGAGAUCAGCUGGACCGCACCAGAGACAGACUAGUUCACACGGGAGAGAACCUCAGCCGCAGUCAGAAGAUACUACGCUCUAUGUCUAGAAGACUGAUGACCAACAAGCUGCUGCUUUCUGUUAUCAUCCUCAUGGAGCUUGGCAUCCUAGGAGCAGUCGUUUACCUCAAAUUCUUUCGGAAUUAGUAUCUUCUCAUACAUAAGACUCCUUCUCCUCCGUGAUCUCUUUCUGGAAUUGGUGGGUUAACAGCACAGGCCCACUUAAAACACAAAGGAAGAAAUGGACAGCCUGUUUUGCACUGCUUUAAACACGUAAGGAGAGGGGUUUUAGAUGGACCUGAAUUAUUCCUGAUCCAUGAGCAAGGUGUGUUGUCCAGACUGAAACAUAUACGUCAAGCUAAGCUCAGCCUGAUCACACACUGAUAGUGCUUUGUACUUGAUAAAAGUAUUGCUCUAACACUUAUUCAGCUUUGUUUAGUCUGAUAUUAAGCUUUUGGCAUCAGCCUACUUUGCUGUUAGUAUGUUAUACAUUGCUGGGGUUUUCCAAAUCUCUCCUAAGAACUUUUUUUUCAGACAAGCUUUUCACUGAUAUUUGUUAGUCAGGACUUCGAAACUGAACCCUGUUCCUAGAGGAAAAUGGUUGUAAAAACUGGUGGUCCAAUCUAUAAUGACAAAAGAAACAUGAAGUCACAUGUUAUUAAUUUAUUUAAUGGAUAUGGUACUUUUUGAAGUGCUGUACCAUUGAGACAAGACGCAGUGGAUUAUAGCUGCAGGCCUUACAGUAUGACAACACAGGAAAUGUCCAAGGAUAGACCAUCUGUUCUUUUGGAUCCAUGUCUCCUUUUUGUAAUUUGUCCAUCCUGUCAGUCAAGUGUUUGAGCUUCUGGAGUGGCUUAACAGCCAUGCACCAGCCCAGAGAAAGUGGCAAUCUACUUGGGAUAAAAAGACUCCUCUCCUGCCUGUAAUGCUUGGAAUAAACAAAGUAUUGUAGUCUACACUGAAAGAUAGAUAUGGUACUUUAAGUAUUAAGACUAAAUGCUUAAGUAUGUGUUAUUUAUAACAUACAGCUGUAAAAUAUUUUAAUCAGAAAGUGGUCAGGUAAAACUGUACAGUUUGUUAUGAAUAAAUAUUUUAAAGGAACUUCACAUGAGGAAGCAGAGAAAACCACUGGCACGCAUUAUCAUUGACUAUUGCAUCAUACCUGUACAUUUUUCUAGGUUAGCACUGUCAUAAUAAUAGGGAUUUGGGAGGAUUAGACCAAAUAUUUUAUAGCUGGUUUGUUGCCAUUUUUUGCUAAAUGCACAAGAGUUAACAUUGACAAUGUGAUUUAAAUAUGGUGUGCUUUACAUGAUCAGAUAUACUUAAGGAAUAGAGUAUGUUUGUAACAAUUUAAUAAACUGCUUUCUAGUGCAGCACACUGAUUGAGCUGUUUUAUAGGACUAACAAUAUGGAUCCUGGUUUUUAAAAUAACCAACACCAAAUAUUACAGUAGGUCAAACAGUUUUAGUAAAAUCACAUUCCAUUAUCGUUUCUGUAUUAAUUAGGAAAUUGUUUAAAUAAAACUUAUUACUAUUAGCAGCAACCCAAAUAUGGGCUUUUAUUUUUUUUAAAUGCAAUUGCAAUGAUACUCUUAAGUCAGCAGAGUAGAUCACAUUUUUGUUCCUGAACGCUGGUAUUUUAGUCAUCAUGGCUAUACAGUAUAAAAAAACUUGCAAAACAUUAAUAUCAAGUGAAAUUGCAAACAAAUUUCACUGGUUCACAAAGUGCAAAAGCCUGUAUGAGUUACAAUUCUAAAGUCUCCCUCAUGGCUUCACUUGAUAAAGACUGGCAGAGUCAUAAUUAAGUUUAACACAGGAGGGAAAAAAAAAGGUUUCAUACUUCAGUCCACACACACUCAUAAAGGAGCUCUGGAAUGUGAAUUAAUUAAAAAAACUCCAGUUUCUACAGACA